AUCAACUUCCAUAUCCUCUCACCCAUCUCUCUCUUCUUCACUCUAGCUCACUCGUAGCACACAUUCAAAUUUACAGACCUCAACGUUCCAAUACAGAAUCUGAAGGACGCAACCAUGAGGGUAGUGUUGAUCGCCGUCGCUCUAUUCUGCGCCAUUGUUUCAACUACUGUUGUUGAUUCCUGCUUACCAACAGACCUGGCAGCACUCAAAGCCGUCAAGGCCUCACUCACCGAAUCCAAACUCGGCCUCUUCAAUACAUGGUCCGGCACCGACUGCUGCCUCAACUGGUACGGCGUCAGCUGCGACCCUUCAACUCGCCGUGUCGUCGACAUUAACCUCCGCGGCGAGUCCGAGGACCCCAUUCUCUCCAAGUCCGGCCAGUCCGGCUUCAUGUCCGGCUCCAUUGCCCCCGAGAUUUGUAACCUCGACAGCCUCACCACCCUCGUCCUCGCCGACUGGAAGGGAAUCACCGGCAACAUCCCCCAAUGCCUCACCUUCCUCUCUUCCCUCCGAGUCCUCGACCUCAUCGGAAACAAAAUCUCCGGCGUAAUUCCGGCCGAUAUCGGCAAGCUCAAGAUGCUCAGAGUCCUCAACCUUGCCGACAACCAGAUCUCUGGCCAGAUUCCGGCCAGCAUGAUCAACCUCGCCGGGUUAAUGCACCUGGACCUCCGCAACAACAGACUCUCAGGCGAAAUUCCGGCCGGAUUUUCGAAGCUACAAAUGUUGAGCAGAGCAUUGCUGAGCGGGAACCAACUUACCGGAUCUGUCCCCGAGUCCAUCGGCAACAUGCCUCGCUUAGCUGACCUGGACCUGUCGAGGAACCAGAUCUCGGGUUCGAUACCAGACAGUCUCGGAAAAAUGCGGGUUCUGUCGACACUCAACUUGGACGGAAACUCAAUUUCCGGACAGUUACCGUCGGCGUUGUUGAGCAACCAUGGUUUGGGUAUCCUGAACUUGAGCCGGAACAGCAUUGGGGGUAACAUCCCUGACGUGUUUCACGGAAAUUCUUACUUCAUGGCUCUGGACUUGUCGUACAACAAUUUGAAGGGGGCGAUACCACGUACGCUGUCGUCGGCGAAGUAUAUCGGACACCUGGAUCUGAGCCACAACCACCUGUGCGGGAACAUUCCGGUGGGUGAUCCCUUCGAUCAUCUGGAAGAGCCGUCGUUUGCCAACAACGAUUGUCUCUGCGGGAAUCCGUUGAAGACUUGUUGAUGAUAAGUUAAUAGUUACCGUUUGGGUCCAAGAUUCCGGGAUGUACGUGGACGUGGGUUUGAUUUGUGUAAUUGUGUAUUAUUAUUUGUGACAGUGAAUCAAAAUUUAAAUCUAUGCUUCUGUAAAUUUCUGUCGUGAGUUGAAAGACAGAUACGGCAGAUCAGAUGCAUGCACGUGAAAUUAUAGCAUACCGAGUGAUUGAGUGAGUGAGUAAACAUAUUCGCCUACUUUAUUUGUGGAGGUUGUAUAUUGUAUUAUCUCAUGAUAAUUUUAUCAAUUAUGAAGA